AUGGAUUUCCACAGCAUCGAUGAUUAUUUUCAUGAAAAGAGCCUGACACAAGGAGGUGAAGGAGUUGCAGCAGAUAGCACUGAGGCAAUUCUGGAAAGGGUGUACCAUGACAUUGCAUUUGGAUCUGAGAAGCUGCUCAAUCUAGACAUGCUGGUCAUGGAGAUCGCCCGCCGAGCCUCUGAUAUCGAGCCUCUCAUGCGGGACCCUCGUUCCAUUUCAGCCGAGUCGGUUGACAAGGCUUUCGAAUUUGAUGUCCUGAACAGUAUUGUAGAUUCGGAAGUCAGUGAGUUGGAGAAGCUAGCUGUCUCUAUUCAAACAGAUAUUGGCGAUGCUGAAACCAAGGCUUUGGGGGAAGAACCCGGGAGCAGAGUGACUGACAAGCUGUGCACGCGGAAGGAGUCCUUGAAGCAGAUGCAAGAUGUAAUUUCUGAUAUUAGAACACAGCUUGCAACCUUUGAGAAGGCCAUACAACCUUCACAUGGUAAACAAGGAAAUAGUGAGGGUAUGGGAUAUGAAAACGGUCAUAUGUCAGGUCACACUGCUAUGCAGGCUGAGGAUCAGAGAAAUGUACUGCAGAUGUUACAACAGUCGAUAGCAAGUAAACUAGAUCUUGAAAAUAAGCUAUGUGAUUUGCAGUCUGUUGUGGAAGACCUCAAAAUGAAGCUGCAUAAUGCAGAACAAGAAUCGUGUUUCUUGGAGGAAUCCAUCAAAGAGCUUUAUGAAAGAAUGUUCUCGGCAGAAAAUGCUUCCCAAUUGUUACUUGGAACUUCAAAGGAACUCGUUGGCAAACUUAAUACCACCCAGUUCUAUUUAAGUGCUUCAAUUCGCACGGAAGGCGAUCUUAAAUCAAAGUUAGAGGAAAACUUGAUGAAAAUAAGUUCCAACAAGAGCACCAGGGAGAUAGUGCUUGGAGACAGUGACAACAAUGCUAGUCAGGAGCCUGUGCAGAUGCAGGUGCUAUCACCUCCUGAGUUCUUGACUUUGUGGAAUAAGGUUCAGCGGCUGGAGGAAUUGUUGAGGGACUCUGGCUCUCAACCGCAGCAAUCAUCUCUAUCAAGAGGGGCAACUGAAGAAGAGAAGGAUACUGCAGAGUCUGAGAUAAGUGCAUUCGGGAAUAUUAUCACUGAUCUUAAACUUGCCAUUUCCAAUGCAGAAAGUAGAACACAAAAUGCCGAAACAAGGUGUAUACAGCUCACUCAAACAAAUGCUCAGCUUAAUGGGGAGCUGAACUCUCUUAAAAUUCAGGGGUCAGAUAGGGCUGGCUUAUUGGAGACGAAACUUAAGGAAUCAGACACUCAACUAGAGCAUGCAAGAGCAUCAGUUGAUGCUAUUGUUGAACAACAGGGUAUGUUAAGAUUGUCCAUGUCUGAUAUGGAACUGGUGAUUGGAGAUCUGAAGGAAAAGUACUUGAAAGCUGAAACCAGGGCUGAGAGUGCUGAAUCAAAAUGUUCAUUGUUGACAGAUACUAAUUUAGAACUUGGUGAAGAGCUAUCAUUUCUGAGAGGUCGAGUAGAAAGCCUAGAAAACUCAUUGCAUGAAGCUAACAAACUAAAGGUGUCCAGUGCAAAAGACAUUGCUAGUAAAACUAAAACUAUCAUGGACUUGGUUGCAAAACUUGCCUUGGAAAGAGAACGCCUUCAUGUUCAGAUUGUUACACUGACAAAAAAGAACAGAAUGUUGGCUCAAAAAUGCAAAGAAAAUAUUAGCGAGCGUACAUUGCUGUGCAAGGAUGUUACCACAACUGAAGGUGAACUUAGGGCCAGUCAAGUAACAGGGGAAGCAGCUUCAAGUUCUUCACAACAAACCAAGGCGAAGGGAGCUGGUAACACUCCACAAGAGGAGGUUGAAGCCGAUGAGGUGAUUCCAGUGGUGGAGGACAAAUCUGGUGCCGGGAGCACACUCGAGACAGUGCGAUCUAUUGAACCGACGAUGCUAAACUGGAAGUUAAUUUCCGCAGCAUUCCUGGCCUUGCUGGCUGCCAUCAUCAUGUACCAGCUAUUACCAAUCUGA